GAAAGAAAUGGCGUCGAAAUAGGGUGAGGCUGGGCAGCAUUCAUAAUACGCAAUGUUCCGAGCGGUCCAUCUAUCACGCCAUGCAGCCCUUUUCCCUCGGCAGCCCGCCUCCCGCGGAGCACUCAUCUGCCUCUCUAAACGCGUCGGUGCGUCGGCAAAGCCGCGUGCCGACUCAUGCAGGAGAGAAUUCUCAUCGGCAGAUCCCUCCAGCCACAAGCAACAUCGCAGCAGCACCUCAGACACAACAACUCACCAGCAGCAGCAGCAGCGGGCAUCGUCAUCAGCCUUCUUUUCAGAUUUUAUGCGGCAGGCUGAGCGGCCGUCGGCAGCACAGCAGACGGAGGGCAGCGCGGACAAAAGGAAAGAUGAGAAGGGCGGCGGCCGAAAGAGCGAUGAAAGUGACGACAGGAGUGAGGCGAUGGCCUUCCUGCGAGAACUGUUUUCGCGAGACAGCCCCCGCACAUCGCUGAGGGAGUUGUGGAAGAUCCUGAAGCCCGAAAGGCCCCGCCUCCUCGGCGCACUCGGUGGGCCAUUCACACACACACAGCGCGCAGCAGUAUUCACCGCCUGUGAUGAAUGGGGUGUGUGUGUGUGUUCAGCUGCGCUGUUCGUGUCGUCUUCAGCAACCCUGGCAUUUCCGCGGCUGAUUGGUCAUGUGAUGGAUCUGUUUGGCGACCCGGCUGUGGGGCUGCAGUUCGUGACCGACCAGGCAUUGCUGUGUGGGGGUGUGGUCAUCCUGGGAGCUAUUGCUUCGUUCAUACGCAUCUUCCUGCUCGAGACGGCGGUGCGCAGAUCCGCACACACACACGUCACAUGCACCCACCUGUCGAUGGAGGUCUGUCUGUAUAUGGUGUGUGAGUCACAGAUAGAGAGGAUAGCACUGCGGCUGCGGCACGAGCUGUUUGGCAAGGUGAUGCGGCAAGACACCCACUUCUUUGACACGCACCGCACCGGCGAGCUGAUCAACCGUAUCUCGGGUACACUCACACACACACACAUGCAUGCAGCGUCCCGUCAUACCAUACAAGUCGGUGGGUGGUGGAUGGGUGGUGGGUGGGUGGUUGGUUCAGGUGACAUCACGAUCGCCAGCCGCAUCCUCAUCGAGGCAUCGUUCGGUCUCCGGAACCUCAUCACAUCCGUUGUAGGUAUACGUGACAAACAAACACAACAAACACAACAAACAGGCAGUAGAGGGAUCUGUCUGUCAGCUGAUGGUAUGGUGUGUGGUGUGCUUGUGCAGGCACCGGCAUCAUAUUCUACCUGGCGCCCUCCCACCUGGUGACGACCCUUCUGGGCCCUGUCGCCUUCACAUUCCUCGGCGCGUUCGCCUAUGGCCGGUAUGGUAUGCCCGCCCGUAUAUGACAGAAAUCAAGCAGCACAAGCACAAGGACGUGUGUGUUCCGUUGUGGUGUCGAAUGGUGGGUCUGGUGUAGGUACGUUCGUGACAUAUCAGUGAGGAAGCAGGAUGCUUUGGCGGACUGCAUCCAGACGGCCGAGGAGAAGAUCAGCAACAUCCGAACCGUCCGCAUAUUCAACGGAGAGGCGCACGAGAUCAGAAACUUCAGGAAGAACGUCAGGAAGCCGGCCGCAGCAAACCACAUGAGAUGUCACUUAUGUUGGUGAUGGUGGCGUUUGUGUGUUUGUGUGUGUUCAGCUGGACUACGUGUACAGUUUGGCUUUGAAGAACGCCUACGCCACCGGAGGCCGUGUGUUCAUCUUCUACACCAUGGGAGGGCUCUUCCUGCUCCACCUCACAUACCUCAGCGGCACCAUGAUCUCACAAGGUAGGUACCUCAGUCAGCCAAGCCAAUACAGACGACACACUCACCCAAGCCGUCCAACCUUCUUUCUUUGUCAGGUCUGAUCACCCUUGGCGACACCACAUCCCUGGCCAUGUACUGCCUCAUGACCGGCGGCGGCUACCAGGGCGUCCUCUCAGCCUACGGCGACUUUCAGAAGGCUCUCGGCGCGUGCCACAAGGUCAUGGACAUCAUCAACCAGCCACAGACAGAGCUCUCACAGCCCUAUACACCACCAAGAGGACCAGCUCCAACACCAACACCAAGACCAUCAUCGGCGAGAGAAGCCGAGCAGCAGGCGCCCUUCCCAUCGGUUGAGGUGCUCCGUGACUCCCCGGAUAUGUCGCUGCGCGACUCGGCGGAUGUGGCCCUCGAAACUGUCCCUUACGAGCCGCGGAUCCGUUUUGAGGAUGUGUGCUUCAGCUAUCCUUCGCGGCCCGACCAGCAAGUGCUCAAGGGCGUGACACUCGACAUACCUCCCGGCAGCCGACUUGCCGUGCUCGGUCAGGCGGGACACGGGGGAAGGGGGGCAAGGGGCGUUAGGUGUGUGUGAAUGGUGCUGUUGGUGUGUGCAGGUGAGAGUGGCAGCGGGAAGAGCACGCUGGCUCAGAUUCUGCUGCGCCUGUACCCGCCGACGAGCGGCAAGGUCUUCCUGGGCCCCCACUCGCUCAUGGAUUGCGACCCACGAUGGGUGCGCGCACAGGUCGGUACUCCUGCACUCUUGUCCAGCGGCACACCAACCGAUGCACCCUUCCUUUGUUGCCUGCUGCCGUCCUGUGUUGAUGGGUGCAUGGCAGUUCGGUGUGGUGAACCAGGACCCCAUUUUGUUUGCUCUGAGUAUCCGCGACAACGUGCUGUACGGCAAACUCGCCGAAAUGGACUACAUGAGAGACCAAUCGGUACGGCCGGCCACCCACACCGACAGAUGUCACUUACGCCACACCUGAGGGUGUGCGUCGUGUCCGUGUGUGUGUGUCGUGUCUGCAGGAUCUGGAGAGCAUGCGGAUCGAGAGGCCGCGGUCGAAGAGGAAGCCUCAGUACGACUCACACGAGCACCUGACGCCCCAGCUGAGAACAGAGUUUGACAAGGUGAGUGGCGAUCCAGCGGCCGUGGAAUGGCCCCACCGGAUGGUUGUUCCCGUUGUUGCAUGUGUGCAGGUGUUGCGUGCGGCGCAUGUGGCUGACUUUGUGGAGCAGAUGCCCGACAAACUCGACACGUUCGUCGGGGAAAGGGGACAGGCACUGUCAGGUGAGAUGAAAACAGAGAUGACAGGGCAUGCAGUAGACCGCCCCCCACCCCUGUGUGUGUCUUAUCUUUGCUGCACACAGGUGGUCAGAAGCAGCGUGUGUGUAUUGCCCGCGCAUUGAUCCGCGACCCCCCGAUGCUGCUCUUCGACGAGGCCACAUCUGCACUGGACAACAAAUCCGAGAAGCUCGUCCACACCGCACUCGAAGAGGUAGGCAGCCCUUCCAGCCGCCGACAGUGCAUUGGGGCGCCAUCGUGCUGUCUGUCUGUGCAGGCGAUGAAGGGCCGGACGUGUCUGUUGAUCACCCACCGACUGAGCACGCUGGACUUCGCCGAAUACAUCGCGGUGAGUGUGUGACAUUGGCAGGGACAUGCACUCACAGAUCGGAUGUGACACGCUGUUUGCACGUGUGCAGGUGUUGUCUGACGGUGAGGUGGCGCAGUUCGGAGCGAAGGCAGAUGUGUUGCGGCGUCCGUGCCCCGAGCUGUCGCGCAUCCUCAAUCAGAUGUCACACACGACACCGGCAGAGACGGCAGACACCAAGACCGAGACACCGCCCCCACCAGCUGCCGGCUGAUUGAUGCGUGGAUCCAUGUAUGGCCAUGCACGACGUGAUGAUGAUGGAUCUAGAUCGGCGGCGUGCAUGUGAAAAGUGUGCAGGUAGUCGAAAGGGACUUGCGUGUGUCGACAUCUCUUUCGUCGGUAAAGAGUGGAUUGAUGAGCCCAUGAGCGAGAUUUCAGCACAUUGCAUAGUUGGUGACUGACUGACGACUGUGGGUCUGUGGGUGUGCAUGGUGUGCACUUGUAGCAUCUCUCUCCUCGUUUGUUGCCUGCUGCCUGGCUCACAAAUCAUCCUUGUUUGUGGCAUCGUCACAGUUGAGCAACGAUGGUGUAUGACGCGACACUCCAGCAUCUCACG